GCUCCAAUCGACCAACGACCUGACCCUUCCGUCAGCGCCUCCUCCUCUUGGACCUGCAGCUCACUUCACCACCCGCGCGGCCACGAAUCAACCCCCGACCACUCCUAGCCUCGGCAUCCCCGGAAACAUCCGGGCAUCCUUUCAACGCGUCAACCAUGUCGGGCCAGAACAACUGGCAGGAGGAGGCGAUGCGGCGCCUGCGCCAGAUGCAGUCGCGAGGCGGAUACCCCGGCGGCCGGGGCGGUGGCCCCCAGAUGCCGAGGGGAAUAGGCAGCGCCGCAAUCGGUGGCGCGCUGCUCGCCGGCGGCGCGCUUCUGCUGUCCAACUCGCUCUUCAACGUCGACGGUGGUCAUCGGGCUAUCAAGUACCGGAGGAUAAGCGGCGUGAGCAAGGAGAUUUACAGCGAAGGAACGCACAUCAACAUCCCCUGGUUCGAGACGCCGAUUGUGUACGACGUGCGAGCGAAGCCGCGCAACGUGGCGUCCCUGACGGGCACCAAGGACCUGCAGAUGGUCAACAUCACCUGCCGUGUGCUCUCGCGGCCGCAGGUCGACGCUCUGCCGCAGAUCUACCGGACGCUCGGCGCCGACUACGAUGAGCGCGUGCUGCCGUCCAUUGUCAACGAGGUGCUCAAGAGCGUGGUGGCGCAGUUCAACGCCAGCCAGCUCAUCACGCAGCGUGAGAACGUGGCGAGGCUGGUGCGCGAGAACCUGUCCCGCCGAGCGGCGCGGUUCAACAUUUUGCUGGACGAUGUGUCUCUGACGCACCUUGCCUUCUCCCCAGAGUUCACGGCGGCGGUCGAGGCCAAGCAGGUGGCGCAGCAGGAGGCCCAGCGGGCGGCGUUCGUCGUGGACAAGGCGAGGCAGGAGAAGCAGGCCAUGGUGGUCAAGGCGCAGGGUGAGGCGCGGUCGGCCGAGCUGGUGGGCGAGGCCAUCAAGAAGAACAAGGCCUACCUGGAGCUCAAGAAGAUUGAGAACGCGCGACUGAUUGCGCAGCAGCUGCAGGAGGCAGGCUCCAAGAACAGGCUGAUGCUGGACGCUGAGGGCCUGGGCCUCAAUGUAUUUGAGACGACGGCGGAGAAGAAGCAGUAGGCGGAGGGCGAGGAUAAGGACGAGGACGAUGGGAAAGCUCUCCACUGCGUAAACACGGGGCAGGGCGUUGUACUAUAUGAUAGGAAUCGCGGUAGGAAUGUACUCUUGCUCCAGCAAAGGCGGCGAACGUGAUGUGCCUUACCGACGACGAUGUCACGCACGCGGCAGAGGGGAAGGCGUGGGAGCAGGUUCGAGGCGAACAACCGCGAGGCCCGGAAAAAUGCUCACUAUUCACGGCCAGCGAGCCACUUUGCGCGGCCCCAUGAGUAAAGAACGC